AUGAACGAGGACAACGCCCGCUUUGGCCUGCUGGCGGCGCUCAUCCUGGUCUACCUGCUGUGCGGCGCCGCCGUCUUCUCCGCGCUGGAGCGGCCGUCCGAGCUGCGCGCUCGCCACCGCUGGCAGGAGCGGCUGGAGAACUUCACGCAGCAGCAUGACAUCAGCCUGGAGGCCCUGCGCGGCCUGCUGCGCCAGUACGAGGAGGCCAACGUGGCGGGCAUUCGCGUGGACGCCCUCAGGCCGCGCUGGGACUUCGCCGGGGCUUUUUACUUCGUCGGCACGGUGGUCUCCACUAUUGGUUUCGGCAUGACCACCCCGGCCACCAUCGCUGGCAAGAUCUUCCUGAUCUUCUACGGCCUGAUCGGCUGCGCGGCCACCAUCUUGUUCUUCAACCUCUUCCUGGAGCGCAUCAUCACCAUGCUGGCCUACGUCAUGCGCUGGUGCCACGAGCGCCAGUUGCGCCGCUCUGGCGUGGGUCCCGGGGCCAACAAUGGCAGCGGUGACGCCGAGGACACACAUCAGCAACAGGAGGACAGCCUGGAGGGCUGGAAGCCGUCGGUCUACUACGUGAUGCUGAUCCUGGGCGCCGCCGCCCUGCUGAUCGCCUGCAGCGCCUCGGCCCUCUACUCCGCCAUGGAGGACUGGGACUACUUUGACGCCCUCUACUUCUGCUUUGUGGCCUUCAGCACCAUCGGCUUCGGCGACCUGGUGAGCAGCCAGCGCGCCGAGGGCUACCGGGCGCAGGAGGCCUACCGCCUGGGCAACUGCCUCUUCAUCCUGAUGGGCGUCUGCUGCAUCUACUCGCUCUUCAACGUCCUCUCCAUCGUCAUCAAGCAGACACUCAACUGGAUCCUGGCCAAGCUGGAGUGCCAGCGCUGCUGCGCGGCGUGCCCGUGUCUGCACCGGGGUGCCCACCACCACCACCACCCCCACCACCAUCACCACCACUACGGGCGCAGGCGGAGGCAGCGCUACACCAACGCGUCCGUGGAGACGGUGUGCGACAGCGAGACGGAUGGCGGUCCUGCAGGGCUGGAGACGGGACACCUGGCCGGACGCCGGCUCUCGGGGGAGAUGAUCUCCGUCAACGACUUCAUGGCCACCAACAAGGUGUCGCUGGCCAUCCUGCAGAAGCAGCUGUCCGAGACGGCGCACGGCAACCCGCGCCAGAGCCACGUCAGGCAGAACGGCUUCUCAGGCGGCGUCGGAGCCUUCGCCAUCAUGAAUAACAGACUGCAGGAGACCAGCGUUGAUAGGUGACCGCAGGACUGAUGCGACCUGUCCUACCGGACUCUUGCUGGUCAACGAUUAAUAGAGUACCACUUAUAAACUCAUAGUUGUGGAAAUAAAAAGUGGCACCAGAGCCUUUUGCCAUCAGGAACAA